AUGGAUGUGUUCUAUUCGACGUCUUCCUCAUCAUCAUCUAGUUCCUUCGGUACUGCCAACCCUGUUGCACCUAUUGUACGAGAUAGUCCCCAAGGGAAACGACUCAGCACGUCUGUACCGUCUAUACCGGCAUUUUCUCCUCCCACGAAACUGCAACCUCUCUCCAACACUGAAAUCUCUUCUUCUGAUUGCCUCAACCCACAACAACACCAUCAUUCACCACCCCAUGAAACAAGAAGCCACGUGAUGCUACCUCCUUUGUUGCCACAGUCUUUCAACCAUCAACCAACGAACACCACCAAUUUUGCGAAUAAUAUUAUUACUACAACGGAGGUUGCUCAACCACACCCUCAUUAUCAUCAUAACGACCUCCAUAAACCUGUGCCAGUUGCUACCGCCGCUUCAAAUAUGGACAUGCCGAAUGCAGGCAACGACCCACAACAACAACAACAACAACAGCAACCACAAAACAGAAAUGAAGACUUUAUUCUCCCUCCUGUUUCUGCCUUGUUACAUACGCCGCCACCACCAAUGUAUUCCCUUCAGAGCUCCACCACUUCUGUACCCAGCUCUCCUUUCAAAAUUCCAUUAAUAGAUUCAUACCGAAGCAAUUUGACCUCUCCUGUAUCAUCUACGACGAAUCAUGAAUUUUCUAACGAUCAAAUUUCAUCAUCUGGGUGUAGUACUGCUAGCAGCACUGAUUUCGAGCACCAAAAGAAAGCCUUUCAAAAUUAUGUUAAAAACGUUGCAAUUAGAGAAGAAAAACAAGUUGUCAAGAUGAGCCAAGAACAGCAAGUUUCUCUUGUUUUGAAAGUUCUCAAACACAACCAACUUAGAAUGGCUCAAGCGUUGGAAUCAUCUCCUCGGUCUCAUCACACGAUAUCGGCUCAAUUACUGGAAAAUGGUCGCAUCCUGGAUGUCUAUGUUUUUAUUAGAAAGAAGCCCAAUUUCGUGAUGGAUCGAAAAACGCUUGCCAAAGAAUUUAGAUUGGAAAACUUCUCGUUCAAUGUCGUCGUGUUAGGUAAGAAAUCCCAAAACAAUGUACAUAAGCACAAUAAUCAACAACUUCAAUAA